AUGGUUCGGCUUCUUUUCGGCCUCUUGGCUGCUGGCGCGGCCCUCGUCCAGACCGUCGCCGCCCACAACAUCCAGCUGCCGGCCCACGGCCGCGAGUGCUUCUUCGAGGACCUGCACAAGGACGACAAGAUGACCGUGACCUUCCAGGUCGGCGACCGCGAGUUUGGCGGCGCAGGCAACCUGGACAUUGACUUUUGGAUCACCAACCCGCCCGGCCAGUACGAGACGCUGCAAAAGUCCACGUCCAACGGCGACUUUACGUUUACGGCGCACCACGACGGCAAGUACAUGUACUGCUUCAGCAACGAGCACUGGGGCGCGUCCAGCAAGGAGGUGUCGUUCAACGUGCACGGCAUAGUAUACGUGUCGGAUGCCGACGGCCCCAAGGACCCGCUUGAGGCGGAGGCGCAGAAGCUGUCGGAGAUGCUGGCCCAGGUCAAGGACGAGCAGUCGUACAUUGUCGUGCGAGAGCGGACGCACCGCAACACGGCCGAGAGCACCAACGCGCGGGUCAAGUGGUGGAACCUGUUUGUGAUCACAGUCGUUGUCGGCGAGUCCAUCUUUCAGGUGUGGUGGCUGCGGCGGUUCUUUGAGGUCAAGCGAGUGAUCUAA